GUGUGUGUUUGGUGUCAGGGUUGAGUGAGCAGGAUGGAGGACACUGUGCACUGUGAGGAUCAGCUGAAGACUACUCUGCACUGUGAUGACAAGGAGAAGCUUCGUCGGAAGUUGGCUCUGUUACAAAGGGAAUAUCUGAGGACAGCCCAGAAACUGCAGCGUGCUGAGCGUUUGGAUGCAGUGAGGAAACAUGUCAGGAGUAAGAUCCCACAACAGAAAAAGCAGGACCAGAGAGACCCACAGGUGACAUCUAACCCCUGUCCCAACCCGUCAACAUCUUCACUGACACUGGACGCUCAUAAUGGGGCAGCUCCAGGUGAACCUCACGGCCAGGAAAACACUGGAGGCCCAGCGGACUCCGAUAACUCCAGGAGGAGCCAGGUGAUCGGGUUCCUGCCCCCUACCGAUGUCUCUUGCCCAGCGACCCCAGACUCUGCCCAUGAAGGAGCCAGAUGUCACAGACAAAAUCCUGCUCUGCGCCUCAGGUCCAGAAGCAGCCGCCUGCGCUGGGAGAGGAGGAGUGCCGAGGCUGGCAGGAGCACGGACAACAGCGAGGAAGGACAGGAGCAGAGUGAGCCGACGGAGAGUAGAACAGAGAGAGACGAGGAGACGGUGAAGCCAGAGGGAACAGAGGUUGUGAAUGAAAGUGAAGAGCUAUUUUCUGCCGCUGAUUCUGAGUCUCCCUCUCUGCUGCUGUCACACUGGAACACACAAGGACAUGAAGACACGGGAGAGAUGCCAGAAGGAGAGGAGAAAAGGGAAAAAGAGAAUGAAGUGAUAGACGAAGGGAGCAAAACCUCUUCUUUGCUGCCUGUGUGCAGAAGCCCUGCUGUACACUCUGAAGGAGGGAGACAAGAUUUCACACAAAAUCAAGAAAAAAGGGAGAGAAAAAGAGGAGAAGAGGGCGAGGAUAGUAGAGGACAGAAAGAUGACAGGCUGUGUGAAGAGAAUAGUAAUAAGAAUACAGAACAACAUGCAGGAAAGAAAACAGACAGUGAACAAACUCAUGAUGUGGAGAUAAAGGUAGAAAAAAGUGGGAUGGGAGGAGAUGAGAAGGGUGCAGGCCUUCUGGACUCUUGUACAAUAGUGGAGGGACUACUUUUCCCAGUGGAGUACUAUGUCCGAACCACAAGACGUAUGGCAUCUUCACAGAGCCAGCCUGACAUGCAAGCCAUCCACCUCUCUCAGUUAAUCACGGGGCGAUGUCGCCGGGGUCGGGGACAGGGUCGGGGUCGGGGCCGUGGCAGAGGAUCGCACAGACACACACACAACGAUGAACAUUCAGAUCAACACAUAGAUUCAUCCUCUCUCACACCUGCACGUCCUCAUACGCAGCCGCAGGCUAGCGACACGCCUGCUGAGCUCAAUCAGAGCUCCGGUGAGACUUCAGAUCAAAUCUCGUUAAGUGAGACCAACACCAAUGCCUUUUCAUCCCCGACUGUUUGCACGGCUCGUCCAGGUAGAGGCGGGAGGAGGAAAAGAGGUAGGGGCAGAGGGAAACCUGGGACCCCACGAUGCUCUCUUAGUUCAGACACCCAUCACCUCAGCCUUGAACAAACCUCAGAUGAUCCCCAGCCCACCAACACCCCGCUCUCCUCCUCCGAUCUCUCUCUCCAUGCAGCUGAUAGACCAAAACCCUGCCUCACCCCAGAAGAAACCGUUCCAGUGUUGGCCGACGUCCAGCCUGCAUCCACCCCCAACACAGCUACACACCACCCCUCUGAGGUUAAUGGAGCUCCGUCCAGCGCUGCCUCUGGACAGCAGGGGCAGGUCUAUUCCAUCUUUCUGAAGAGCAGCAACAGGACUAACAGAUCCUCACAGAGGAACACAAGUGCAGACAGUUGGCAGUCUUAUCUUUUACCCUCCUCGCCACCCUCCCAAACCUCUCUGUUUCCUCUCCCCUCUUUAUUCUCUGUCCCGCUGAUCAGCAAUCAGCCAAACUUCGACAUGCAUCAAGAUUUCCAUCUCCCCGACGACCAGUUCGCUUCCCUGAAACUUCACAAACUCCGCCGAGUCGCUGUGGAAUCAGGAGUUGAACAUUUCUCAUCGCCGUCUUGCAACACACGUAGCAGCAACCGGCGCUUCGACUCCCAAUGCAGCAACGACCCGGUGGCGCCUCUACUGCUCCCGCUCAGCCUCACACCCACAGUAGAAAAAUCACCCCACCCCAAUAAAGAGAAAGAGGAAAGAAAGAUAAAAGAAGACAAUCUCACAGAUGAAUUGACAAGCCCGUCCUCAGCUGAAGAGUUGUUAGGUACGACAGACGCCCCUGGAGAGCAGCAGACUGACAACCUUAAUACAGAGUGCCAGAGUGACACAAACUUAACAGAAUCUGCUGUUAACUGUGUAGAGAAGCACACAGAGAAAGACCCUGUGACUCUCAAUUGUCAGAUUAGCGUCUCCGAUAGCAACGCACACUCCCCUGUGGAUCCCCCUGUCAAAUCUGAGAUCUCUGUGAAGUUUAAAGAUGAACCUGCAGGCAAAGAGAGCGAUACACUUCAAAUUAAACACCCUGCAUCGGAAGAAGAAACGCAUUGUUCUGUUGCGGUCCAUCAUUUGGAGGAUGAGAGGCCUACCAACCACCAAAAAGAAGAUAAAGCUUUCAUCAAGAGUCUUUCCUUCUCUGAUUGCCCUCCUCAGGAAUCUCCCGAGGGCGCUCCAAACAACUGCACCGCUGCUGCUCAGGCAUGUAGCGACACUGACGCUACAGAAGAGUCUCCUGUGAAGCUGCUGAAAUCUUUUGUCAAAGAUUUAAAGGAACCCUCUGAACCCACAACAAAUAUUAUAACAGACAGAUUAGAGGAAAAUAAAAAUCAGGAGAAGCCGUCACCGCACCACAGUGUCAACUCUCAGCUCCUACUGAGCCCCCCUCUGGCCUCAGCACCCUGCCCCUUCGUAACCCCACACAAGCCCCUAUCUGCUCUCCUCUCCAGCCCCACACUACCAUCCCUAGGACUCACCCCACAUCCUCUUUCUGCUGUUGCCCUCCCCCUCACCUGCUCUCCAUCUGCCCCUUCUCUCACAUUACCUCCUCUUCACAGCCCGUCCACCCAGGCCCUCUCCCCUCCAGCUCUCUCUCCUUGUGCGUCCCUCCCUCCCGUUUCCCUCUCCUCUGCUCAGAUUCAUACCUUACCUGAGAUUCCAGCUGUGGAUGAUCCGUUACAGACUGGCAGCGACAUCCAGGUGCGGGGCAGAGGCGGGCAGGUUGGGGCAAGAACAACUGAUGAACACAUGAGGAAACACACAUUAGAGGCUCCAGCAGGAGGAUGCCUGGUGGACACUUGCUGCCUGCUCGGAUCUUCAGGCAGUUUGUGUGUAGCUGCAGCAGGAAAGUGGGCGGUGUGUUUGUGGAGUCAGACUUCAGCAUCUGAUUGGAGCCUAACACACACAUGGACCUUCAAUGAGCCAGUGAUCAACGUAUUUCCUGUCCCGGAUGCUGCUGGACUUAUGUGUGUGACUUUGGGUCAGUUGGAGAUCAGAGAAAUGAGGAUGCUGUCGUGCUCCAGCCUCUCACAUGUGCUGCUGUGUGAAGGCGUCAUCCAGGCUGUCGUAGGUGUGCCCAGAUCCAGAGUGGUCAGCUCCUCGUACUCAGCGGCUGGUUCGACACUGCAGGUGUUCACACUGUCAGACAGCGACAGCACACACAGCUGUCAGCCUCUCGUGUCUCCUGGUGUUUGUGUCGGGGCCAUGGCUCCAGUGGACGGACUUCCAGAUGCUCUGAUCGGCACUGACGAGGACGGGUGCCUCUUUGUUUGGAAUUUAAAGACUGGACAGCUGCUGCGGAGAAUCGUCCUCGGAGAUGGUUUAUCACACACAGCCUGUCUCAGAGGAUAUUCUUCAUGUGGAGUGUUACUAGUCCUGCUGCAGCAUCAGUUCCUCAGAUCGCUGGAGGAAGAGGAAAAAGAAACCAAAGCAGAAGAGCAAAUGUUUCUAAGGGAGGAGGAGAAGGAAGAAGAGAGGUGUAACACUGCGCUGUUCUCCUUGGUCGCUGUUAACCCUCUGAGUGGAAAAUCUGUCCCGGCUACUCGGCUGUACCCGCCCAAAGCCUGGUCCGGCAGCUUGUGCGAGGCCGACGUUAACAGCUCGAGCGUGGUGGGCCUGAGUCAGAGCGGCUGCGUGUGUGUGUGGGAGCUCGGCCGCCGGGGGGAAUCCAGGAUGGUGUGGGCUCCGGAGAGCGAAGGCUGGCAGCUGGCUCGCUGGGGCUGCGGGGACACGUUGAUGACUGGACAUCACAACGGAGACAUUACGCUACAUUUGUCUCUCAAGUGAUUUUUAUCACAUAAAAAAGGUCCUUUGGUCAUUGUUUGGUUUACAGGUUCAACAUAGCUUCAGUUAACCUUUGUGUCGUCCUACUGGGUCAAAUUGACCCGUCUGUUUUCACUGUUCCUUCUUUCCUUCCUUCCUCCUUCUCUCUUUCUUUCCUCCCCAUUAC